AUGCAGUUCCGCGCUUCUCUCGCUGCCGCCGCCGGCCUCUUCGCCAUGGCCAACGCUCGCAUCUACGGCAUCGCCUUCCCCGAGACCGUCAAGGCCGGUGAUGAGGUCCAGGCUAUCAUCGAAACUGAGAACUACAUCCAGACUGUCGCGGAUAUCGCGAUUGCCUUUGGAAUCGCCCCCGAGGCCUCCGCCUACCCCGGAACUCUCGGCCAGAACGUCUUGGGCUCAUUUUACCUCGGACCUGAAAAGUCCAAUGUUCUCGACAACAUCACCGAAACGGUCACGAUCCCUGCUGGUCUCGCAGCUGGCAAGUACGUUGUCUCAGCUGGCCUGUAUAGCUUGUACGGCGCCUCCUCGUCCUCGACCCUGUCCAACUACAACGUCACCGUCAUUGUCGGCGACGCGACCAGUGAGACUUACGUUGGUAGCCAACAGUAA